CUGAAGUUAGUAAAGAGAAGCAGGACAAGGUUGGGAGGAACGGAAACAGAGUGAAAUCAAUGGAAGCAAAGUGUCUCCCCCGCUAAGCAAAGUGGAAUAUUCCUACCCCCACCUUUGGCCAAGCUUUAUGUGCCUAUCAUUUGCAGGCCUUGUGCAUCUGUUUUUUUUUUUCCCCAGGAUAACUAGCAGAGGCUGAAGAUCUCAAAUUAUUAAUAUAAUUUCAUGGAACUUUUAACUGUGGAUUGAAAAGGUGCAUACAUUUUUACAUUCUGAAAAUGAAUUCAAUUCCAAAUGUCAAUAUAUUUAACGAACUCGGCUCUUCUUAUAGGAAGAAAGGAAACAAACAAACCAGCAUGUUAAUGUUUGCCUUUGCACUGAUGGGCUUUUGAACUUUGUCCAGCCUAGUAAAAAAACUUCUUAGUUGAAGUUCACAGACCGAGAUGCUGAUCAGGAUAACAUGGCUUUACAGCACACAAGAUCUUCGCACAUAUAAUUAUUGAGAAAUAGAUGGUGCAUUUCAACAGAAUGAGCCGACGUGGCAACAACUGGGCCUAUACUGAGGUCAUUGACCUCCUGGAUAUCUGGGGAGAAGAGAAGAUGCAGAAGCUGCUUCAGAGCAGCUACAGAAAUAUGGACACAUUCCAAGUGAUUGCGAGCGAGAUGGCCCAGCGGGGACACACCCGGACUGCCCAGGAAUGCCGGACCAAGACGAAAACGAUGCGAAGGGAUUACAAGAAGGCCAAGGACAGCACCUCUACGGGUGGGCGCAUAACGUGCCCUUUCUAUGAGCAGCUGGAUAGAAUACUGGCUGGCGAUUCUGCCUUCCAGCUCCCUCGGAGACUGCAGACCGUCCCACUGCCAGAGGAAUCAUCUGGAGACACCAAUUCCCCCUGUCCCAUGGGGGAGGGAGCCAUGCCAGCGGGGACAGAGGACUAUCAUGACAGCCAGGAUCAGGCUUCUCCAUGCCCACAGAUACCAGCCGAGCUCUCAGAUUCUGCCACGCCCAGUCCCCUGUUCUACAUGACAAGGACGGCAACCUUGAAGCCUGCAAGUAUGAUUUGGCCAACCACACGUUCCACUCUGGCCCCUUCACCAGCUCUUCUUCAUGACUACGAAGCUCUUCCUUCCGAAGAGCGCCUGGCCAGGGCCCGAAAACGGCAGAGGACGACCAGGAACGAGUUGGUCAUGGAGUUGUCCCGGAUAGCUGAUCGGAGGGUCCAGACGGCGACCGACCGGAUCCUUUCUUCUCUGAACAGGUAUGCCGCGGCAGACUUGCAGGACCGAGAACGAGAGAGAGCUGACACAGCGCAAAUCAUUGCCAUCAUGCAUCGCCAGACAGAACUGCUGGAAUCACUGGUGCAGAUGCAGUCGGCCGAACAGGCACCAGGCUCCCCAGCACCCUCUUGGCACCCUCGCCCCCGUUCGGCAGUCUCUCCUCCUUCUCGUUCAGGAGUUACACGACGGACGCUAAUGCCCCGGGCGAACCACAGAAGGAGGCCACAGAAGUACAGCUCUUAGUGGCGCUUCCUUCCAUUGGGUCCCUGUAUUCUGGGUCUGAUGGUUCAACUUUUUGCUUACAUCUCUUCCCAUUGUAUCCUAUUUUAUUCUGUCAUUCUUAAAAUAUUACAGACCUAAACUCUCCCCCACUGGUUUAAAUUAAGAACAGGUCAUUAUUAUCUGGGCAGAGGUGAUAGUGGUUUUAGGCAAGCUGAAGAUCAGCAAUCUGCUUCUUCCAUUUGAUGCUUUGUUCUCUUUUUAUAGAUGGGACCGGAUUUGCUCUUCCUCUUUCCCAGCAACCAAUAUGUCCCAUGGGGGACUGUUGCAAAUACAAUAUAAAUUGAAUAUCAAGCAUGUCUUCACUGUAAACAAUAAGCUGGUUAAAGCACAGGUCAUAGCAGUGGCAAUGAUGCUUUCCCAGAGAAAGAUGGUUUGGUGCUGAAUGGGAAGUGGGUGGAAAAGAUAUUACAGUGAAUUACAAUGGAAUAGGUUAUUUUUCCUCUUUCCAGCUAAAAGCGCGACUUCUGCCCCAGGAAUGGCAUGGCUCCUGUGGUGUUCCACCUGUCUGCACCUCUGGUAUGGGCAGUUCUGUUUCAGUAUCACUGGAGCCCACUAGCUUUUUUGAAAACAACGUGCUGAUGUGCCCUUUCCAUUGACAUUGGUGAGGUGAGAUGUCACAGAAGAAUUAAGGAAUGAUGAGACCUUUGAAGAAGGGGUAGAUGUGACUUCAUGGAGGGGAUAGCCGAUUGUGUGCACUAGGGCGUGCAUCAUGUGCAGUGACUGGAAUCACAAUGAAUUCCAUCCAGUUUUUCUCCAGUGUAUAGUGUCGACUCCAGAAAUUUGUAGGUGUGUGAUAGACUUCUGGGUAAAAAGAACUGAUUUGCAUGGUUCUGAUUUGCUUAAAUUGCUUCUCAGCAACGCCUCAUCCCAGCAACCAUAGCACUGCAUAGGAAAACAAAGGAACAAAGCAUGAGAGGUACCAGCAAAUGUGUGGGAUGGACUGUGUUGUUGUUCUUUCUACCAAGUUUGCUGCUUGGUCUGUGCAAACAAGGCCUUGCUUGUUCGGACUAGUGGGGGUGAGGUGUGUGUGCAGGGAUUGAUUCCUACCUCAGUUGUUGAUACUAGGUGCACCAGCUGGGCCAUGCCAUUCACUGUACAGGGGCUGCAGGAAACAGAAUAAAACGUUACCACUGGAAUAUAUAAAUUGUACUGGAUGAAAACACUGGGUUUUAAAUUCCAGGGAUCCUUCAAUGAGAAGAUCAGCUCAUGAUGGACACAUAUUUUCUGGAAGUCCGAUUGCAUAGUACUGUUGAACUUCCCCAGCAAUAGACAGAGACAGGAAUGUGGUGAAUAUGUUCUGAGUGGGGGAGUAUCUUUGGCUCAUAUGGACAAUGGAGCAGCCUGACUAGUGUCCCAUAGGUGGCCUGAUGGUAUAACAUGCAACAGGAGUGAGGAACCUGCAGCCUUCAAGAUGUUUUACUCUCUAGCCUUAACUAUUGGCCAUGCUGGGGGUGGGCAGGGAGAUAAAGAGGGAUGUAGGCUAGGACACUGAGUUGGAGGAUUGGAAGAGUUCCUCAUCUGUUCAUCAGUGUACUUGCAGGUCAUUGGAAGACACUUAGAAACAGACUAGUCAGCAUGAAAAAUGUUCCCCAGGGGGAUUAAACUUGAAAAUGAGGGAGUAUACAUAAAGGUUAAUAAUAACUUUGACUCCUUCAGAUGUGAGUGGCAACCAAAUUUGGAGGCAUUGGAUUGUACUUUGCUAGCUAUGAAAGAUAAGAGAUGAUUUAAGCACCUGUGGAGAAACAUAGCACAGAACCUUAGACAGUGGGAAAUAAAUCAUUUUGGUCUUCCGAGGUAUGGGUUUGACAGCUGGCUAUGUGAGAUCACAUAUUUUAGCAAGCUGUUCAGCAAGGGUAUGUUUCUCUUAAGAAAUGUAUGGUCUUGCUGAGUAUGUUGUUUUGAAGUAUAAUUUAGCUUUUAUAUAUAUAUCUAUAAGAGUGAAAACCUCUGCCUGUCUGUUGUUUUAAUUUUUUCAUAAAACUUUUGUUUAAAUGAACUUUGUCUCAUUCUUUUUUUCUGUCCUAACUGAAAGCUGUUAAUAUUGAAAGGCAUUCAUCCUUGUCUGUUGGAACUGAGCAUUAAAGGAGGGUAAAUCCUCCAGUCCAAAGCUUGUGAAAAUUAAAUGUUGGGACUAUAAUUCCCUAAACCCCUUGCAGUGUGUAACCAAUGGCCACGCUGGCUGUGGGCGGUGGGGGUGGGGUGUCUGAGCAUUGCAGUCGAAAACAUUACUUGUCUCAGAGUACCUUUUUCCCAGGUUGCCUACCCACUUCACCAGAUCCUCCCGGGCAGUGCUCCUCCAGGUGACCCCCUCCAAAGGAGGCCAGGAAAUAAUCUACAAGAAGCUUGGCCUUCUCCGCUGUGGCACCAACUCUUUGGAAUCAGCUUUCUGGUCGAGCUGCACUUGGCCCCCUCCCUCCAACAUUUAGAAGGCUACUGAAAAUGUUACUGUUCAAAAAAGCCUUUCAAAGCAAAUCUACCUGAUUCUUACGCUUCGUCCUCUGCCUUCUAUUUGGAAAUUAGGCCUCUUGUGGUAUGUUGCUUUAUUUGUCUGAUUGGGUUUAUUUAUCAUUUUAUUGCCCUUGUUUGUCUACUUUAUCAUGUUGUAAACUGCUCAGAAUAGUGCUUUGCGCUAGU